CUGUCCGCGAGCCGGGGAGCCGGGGAGCCGGGUAGCCGGGUGAGCCGCAGCGCUCGCGCGGGGAGAGCAGCUCCGGGCUCGCUUUGUGGCCACCGUGUCCCUGCGGCGCCGACCGCCUCGGGCCGGAGCGCGGAAGGUGGGGGCGUGUCCCAAGCCCCCCGCAGCCCUCCCCCAGCCCGGGAAAGAAUGUGCCACCAGCUGUUCUCCGCUCGCCAGCGCUGCGCCCAGGAGUGAGGAACUUGGGGGAAGAGGAGACAAAGGCUGCACUUGGGACGGAUGAGUUAAAGACUUGGGUUUGGGCAAACAAAAGGUGCGAAAGACGAGAAGGCGGUAAGGCGAUGGCAGCGGGGGAGCCCCGCGGGCUUGAGCUCUUGGGAGUCGCGCCGUGACUCGCAUGGUUUCCCCGGACCUUCUGCUGGGCUGACUUCCGCGAGCUGGAAGUCGGACUCGCGCAAGUAGUGGAGCGCGCGGAACAAUGGACAACUUCUUCCCCGAGGGAGCACGGGUCUGGCUGAGAGAAAAUGGGCAGCAUUUUCCAAGUACUGUAAAUUCCUGUGCAGAGGGCGUUGUCGUAUUCUGGACCGACUAUGGCCAGGUAUUCACUUACAAGCAGAGCACAAUUACGCAUCAGAAGGUGACAGCUAUGCACCCCAUGAACGAAGAGGGUGUGGAUGACAUGGCCACCUUGACAGAGCUCCACGGGGGUUCCAUCAUGCAUAACUUACACCUGAGAUAUAAAAGGAAUCAAAUAUAUACCUACAUCGGCUCCAUCAUCGCCUCCGUGAACCCCUACAAGACCAUUGCAGGCCUGUACGAGCGCGCCACCAUGGAGCAGUACAGCAAGUGCCACCUGGGGGAGCUGCCCCCCCACGUCUUCGCCAUCGCCAACGAGUGCUACCGCUGCCUGUGGAAGCGCCAUGACAACCAGUGCGUCCUCAUCAGUGGUGAGAGUGGGGCAGGCAAAACCGAAAGCACUAAGUUGAUGCUCAAGUUUUUAUCGGUCAUCAGUCAACAGUCUUUGGAGUUGUCCUUAAAGGAGAAGACGUCCUGUGUUGAACAAGCUAUUCUUGAAAGCAGUCCCAUCAUGGAAGCUUUCGGCAACGCGAAGACGGUGUACAAUAACAACUCUAGUCGCUUUGGGAAGUUUGUGCAGCUGAACAUCUGCCAGAAGGGAAAUAUUCAGGGCGGGAGAAUUAAAUCUGAUUUAUCUCCACAGAACCGAGUAGUAAGGCAAAAUCCUGGGGAAAGGAAUUACCACAUAUUCUAUGCACUGCUGGCAGGGCUAGAACCUGAAGAGAGAGAAGAAUUUUAUUUAUCUGUGCCAGAAAACUACCACUACUUGAAUCAGUCUGGAUAUGUAAAAGACACGACAAUCAAUGAUCAGGAAUCCUUUAGUGAAGUUAUUACGGCAAUGGAAGUAAUGCAGUUUAGCAAGGAAGAAGUUCGGGAAGUUUUGAGGUUGCUUGCUGGUAUAUUACAGCUUGGGAACAUAGAAUUUAUCACUGCCGGUGGGGCGCAGGUUUCCUUCAAAACAGCCUUGGGCAGGUCUGCAGAGUUACUUGGGCUGGACCCAACACAGCUCACGGACGCUCUGACCCAGAGAUCCAUGUUCCUCAGGGGGGAGGAGAUCCUCACGCCGCUUAACGUUCAACAGGCAGUUGAUAGCAGGGACUCCUUGGCCAUGGCACUUUAUGCACGCUGCUUCGAGUGGGUGAUCAAGAAGAUCAACAGCAGGAUCAAAGGCAAAGAUGACUUUAAAUCUAUCGGCAUUCUUGACAUCUUUGGAUUUGAAAACUUUGAGGUUAAUCACUUUGAGCAGUUCAAUAUAAACUAUGCAAAUGAGAAGCUUCAGGAAUAUUUCAACAAGCAUAUUUUUUCUUUAGAACAACUAGAAUAUAGCAGAGAAGGAUUAGUGUGGGAAGAUAUUGACUGGCUAGACAAUGGAGAAUGCCUGGACUUGAUCGAGAAGAAACUUGGCCUCUUAGCCCUUAUCAAUGAAGAAAGCCACUUUCCUCAAGCCACGGACAGCACUUUAUUGGAGAAGUUACAUAAUCAGCAUGCUAAUAACCACUUCUACGUGAAGCCCAGAGUUGCAGUCAACAAUUUUGGAGUGAAACACUACGCUGGAGAGGUGCAGUAUGAUGUCCGGGGCAUAUUGGAGAAGAACAGAGACACCUUUAGAGAUGAUCUUCUAAACUUGCUCAGAGAAAGCCGAUUUGACUUCAUCUAUGACCUGUUUGAACACAUUUCAAGCCGCAAUAACCAGGAUACCUUGAAAUGUGGAAGCAAACAUCGGCGGCCGACCGUCAGCUCACAAUUCAAGGACUCGCUGCAUUCCUUAAUGGCGACACUAAGCUCCUCUAAUCCUUUCUUUGUGCGCUGUAUCAAGCCAAACAUGCAGAAGAUGCCAGACCAGUUUGACCAGGCAGUGGUGCUGAACCAGCUGCGGUAUUCAGGAAUGUUGGAGACAGUGAGGAUCCGCAAGGCUGGGUAUGCGGUGCGAAGACCCUUCCAGGAUUUUUACAAAAGGUAUAGAGUGCUGAUGCGGCACGUGGCCGCACCUGAGGACGUCAGGGGGAAGUGCACAGCACUGCUGCAGUGCUACGACGCCUCCAACAGCGAGUGGCAGCUGGGGAAGACGAAGGUCUUUCUUCGAGAAUCCUUGGAGCAGAAACUGGAGAAGCGACGAGAGGAGGAAGUCACGCAGGCGGCCGUGGUGAUCCGGGCCCACAUCUUGGGUUACCUGGCACGAAAGCAGUACAGAAAAGUCCUUUACUGUGUACUGAUAAUACAGAAGAAUUACAGGGCAUACCUUCUGAGGAGGAGAUUUUUGCACCUGAAAAAGGCAGCCAUCAUUUUCCAGAAGCAACUCAGAGGUCAGAUUGCCCGGAGAGUCUACAGACAGCUGCUGGCAGAGAAGCGGGCGGCGGAGGAGGAGAGGAAGCGGGCAGAGGAAGAGGAGAGGAAACGGGAGGAAGAGGAGAGAGAGAGAGAGAGGGCACGAAGAGAGGCUGAGCUCCGCGCCCAACAGGAGGAAGCAGCAAGGAGGCAGCAAGAGCUGGAAGCCUUGCAGAAGCGCCGGAGGGAAGCCGAGCUGAACUGUGAACUGGAAAGGCAGAAGGAGAACAAACAGGUGGAAGAGAUCCUCCGCCUGGAAAAAGAAAUCGAGGACCUGCAGCGCAUGAAGGAGCGGCAGGAGCUGUCCUUGACCGAGGCCUCCCUGCAGAAGCUGCAGCAGCUGCGGGACGAGGAGCUCAAAAGGUUGGAGGACGAAGCCUGCCGCGCUGCCCAGGAGUUCCUGGAGUCGCUCAACUUCGACGAGAUCGACGAGUGCGUCCGGAACAUCGAGCGCUCGCUCUCGGAGGGCAGCGAGUUUUCGGGCGAGCUGGCCGAGAGUGCGUGCGGGGAGAAGCCCAGCUUCAACUUCAGCCAACCCUACCCGGAGGAGGAGGUCGACGAGGGCUUUGAGGCCGAUGACGAUGCCUUCAAGGAUUCGCCCAACCCAAGCGAGCGCGGCCACUCGGACCAGCGGACGAGUGGCAUCCGGACCAGCGACGAGUCCUCGGAGGAGGACCCGUACAUGAACGACACCGUGGUGCCCACGAGCCCAGGUGCCGACAGCACCGUGCUCGCCCCGCCAGAGCAGGGCUCCUCCCGCGGGGAGGCCCCCUUCUGCACGCCCCAGAGCACGGGGGGCCUCCCCUGCCCGGACGGCGAAUAUGACUACGAGCAGGACGACUACGGGGAUGGCGCCAUCACCCCGGGCAGCAGCGUGACGUUCUCCAACUCCUGCAGUAGCCGGUGGUCCCCAGACUACCGGUGCUCCGUGGGCACCUACAACAGCUCCGGGGCAUACCGGUUUAGCUCCGAGGGGGCACAGUCCUCGUUUGAAGACAGUGAAGAGGACUUUGACUCGAGGUUCGACACUGACGAUGAGCUUUCUUACCGGCGGGACUCGGUGUACAGCUGCGUCACCCUGCCGUACUUCCACAGCUUUCUGUACAUGAAAGGUGGCUUGAUGAACUCCUGGAAGCGCCGCUGGUGUGUCCUCAAAGAUGAAACCUUCCUGUGGUUCCGCUCCAAGCAAGAGGCCCUCAAGCAAGGCUGGCUCCACAAGAAAGGUGGUGGCUCCUCCACGCUGUCCAGGAGAAACUGGAAGAGGCGCUGGUUUGUCCUCCGCCAGUCCAAGCUGAUGUACUUUGAAAACGACAGCGAGGAGAAGCUCAAGGGCACCGUGGAAGUCCGCACGGCAAAAGAGAUCAUCGAUAACACCAGCAAAGAAAAUGGGAUUGAUAUCAUUAUGGCCGAUAGGAUCUUCCACCUCAUCGCCGAGUCCCCGGAAGAUGCCAGCCAGUGGUUCAGCGUGCUGAGUCAGGUCCAUGCAUCCACGGACCAGGAGAUUCGGGAGAUGCACGAUGAGCAGGCAAACCCGCAGAACGCCGUGGGCACUUUGGAUGUGGGACUGAUUGAUUCCGUGUGCGCCUCUGACAACCCGGAUAGACCCAAUUCCUUUGUGAUCAUCACGGCCAACCGGGUGCUCCACUGCAACGCCGACACGCCAGAGGAGAUGCAUCACUGGAUAACACUGCUGCAGAGAUCCAAGGGGGACACCAGAGUGGAGGGCCAGGAAUUUAUCGUGAGAGGGUGGUUGCACAAAGAAGUGAAAAACAGUCCCAAGACAUCUUCCCUGAAACUGAAGAAGCGGUGGUUUGUGCUGACCCACAACUCCUUGGAUUACUACAAGAGCUCGGAGAAGAAUGCAAUGAAAUUGGGCACCCUGGUCCUCAAUAGCCUCUGCUCGGUGGUUCCUCCGGAUGAGAAGAUCUUCAAAGAGACAGGCUACUGGAACAUCACCGUGUACGGACGCAAGCACUGCUACCGGCUCUACACCAAGCUGCUCAACGAGGCCUCCCGGUGGUCCAGUGCCAUUCAAAAUGUGACCGACACCAAGGCCCCGAUCGACACCCCUACCCAGCAGCUGAUUCAAGACAUCAAGGAGAACUGCCUGAACUCAGAUGUGGUGGAGCAGAUUUACAAGCGGAACCCCAUCCUUCGCCACACUCACCACCCUCUGCAUUCCCCGCUCCUGCCCCUUCCCUAUGGAGAUAUCAAUCUCAACUUGCUCAAAGACAAAGGCUACACAACCCUUCAGGAUGAAGCCAUCAAGAUAUUCAAUUCUCUUCAGCAGCUGGAAUCCAUGUCAGACCCUAUUCCCAUCAUCCAGGGCAUCCUCCAAACAGGACAUGACCUCCGGCCUCUGCGAGACGAGCUGUACUGCCAGCUCAUCAAGCAGACGAACAAAGUGCCCCAUCCGGGCAGCGUGGGCAACCUGUGCAGCUGGCAGAUCCUGACCUGCCUGAGCUGCGCCUUCCUGCCCAGCCGGGGGAUCCUCAAGUACCUCAAGUUCCACCUGAAGAGGAUACGGGAACAGUUUCCAGGAACUGAGAUGGAAAAAUACGCCCUCUUCAUUUAUGAAUCUCUUAAGAAAACCAAAUGCAGAGAGUUUGUGCCUUCCCGAGAUGAAAUAGAAGCUCUGAUUCAUAGGCAGGAAUUGACGUCCACAGUAUAUUGCCACGGCGGAGGCUCCUGCAAGAUCACCAUCAACUCCCACACCACAGCUGGGGAGGUGGUGGAGAAGCUGAUCCGAGGCCUCGCCAUGGAGGACAGCAGAAACAUGUUUGCCUUGUUUGAGUACAAUGGACACGUCGAUAAAGCCAUUGAGAGCCGAACCAUCGUAGCUGAUGUGUUAGCAAAGUUUGAAAAGCUGGCUGCCACUUCAGAGGUAGGUGACGUGCCCUGGAAAUUCUACUUCAAACUUUACUGCUUCCUGGACACAGACAACGUGCCGAAAGACAGUGUGGAAUUUGCGUUUAUGUUUGAACAGGCCCACGAAGCCGUCAUCCACGGCCACUACCCGGCCCCAGAAGAAAACCUCCAGGUACUGGCAGCCCUGCGGCUCCAGUACCUGCAGGGCGAUUACACGCUGCACACCACCAUCCCGCCUCUGGGGGAGGUUUACUCCCUGCAGAGACUCCAGGCCCGCAUCAGCCAGUCGACCAAAAGCUUCACCCCGUGUGAGCGGCUGGAGAGGAGGCGGACAAGCUUCCUGGAGGGGACGCUGAGGCGGAGCUUCCGGACGGGGUCCAUGGUUCGGCAGAAGGUGGAGGAAGAGCAGAUGUUGGACAUGUGGGUCAAGGAAGAAGUGUCCUCCGCUCGAGCCAGUAUCAUCGACAAGUGGAAGAAAUUUCACGGGAUGAGCCAGGAACAGGCCAUGGCCAAGUACAUGGCCUUGAUCAAGGAGUGGCCGGGCUAUGGGUCGACACUCUUCGAUGUGGAGUGCAAGGAAGGCGGCUUUCCCCAGGACCUCUGGUUGGGUGUCAGCGCAGACGCCGUCUCCGUCUACAAGCGUGGGGAGGGAAGACCAUUAGAAGUCUUCCAGUAUGAACACAUCCUCUCUUUCGGGGCACCCUUGGCAAACACGUACAAGAUCGUGGUUGAUGAGAGGGAGCUGCUCUUUGAAACCAGUGAGGUGGUGGACGUGGCCAAGCUCAUGAAAGCCUACAUCAGCAUGAUUGUGAAGAAGCGCUACAGCACGUCCCGCUCCAUGAGCAGCCAGGGCAGCUCCAGGUGAAGGCAGGCGGGAGUGGACACAUCUUCGGUAUCUGAACUCACCACCCCUGGCCUCCGCUGCUCCCGCGUGCAGUGCCCAAAGCAGAGCUGCCCGUGCUCUCCAGAAGCCCCUCAGUGGGGGGAGGUGUCUCUGAGGGCCCUUAUGCCCUGUCAGUGUCAGUGAUCAUGUAUUAGGCUGUCAACCUAACAGUCUGCUCUGUUCCCAAAGCUUUACUACUCUUAGAUGACACAUGCCUUAAGAGAGGAAAAAAGCCUACGCUGCCAUCAAAGCAGCCAGAAGUGCCUUAACCCGCGGAACCAACACUAACCGACUUAACUGUGCUACUGAGGGGAAAUGCUUGCCCACCCCCUCCCUCCCUCCCCCUGCCUUUUGGGGGAGACUUUCACAGCUUGGAAGAGGGGGGGGUGUUUGUCCACCAGUUAUGCACUAACCUCCCAGCCUGAUUUCCCGACUUGAGGGAAGGUGAGGGAGUGGGGAGGGGGACAGGGAACACAAGGGGACAGUGUAUUUUGGUUGGAGUGCUGCUGGCAGCCUUCCUCGUGGACAUGUUUUAACUUUUUGUCUUCGUUUCAUCUUUUAAUGUGCUUGCCUGUGCACGCAUGUGGUCAUAAACUCAUCACUUUAGUCAUUGUUCCAUGAGCAUUAAAAGCAAAGGGAGAGAGGAUGUGCAAUGGUGUAAACAGUCUGUCUGUAUAUUUUAAUAGUUCAGAGUUAUAGUUUUCAGUCAUUACUUUAUCAGGUGGUUUUAUUAACAAACCGGAAUCCUGCAUUUUCCUGUCUUUGCUGUCUUCCAGAAACCACAUCUUGACUGUUUUGUUGUACAUGUAGCAAAGUCUGCAUUCUGUGUCUGCUGUGUUAUAAACAGACAUGCAGCCUACAAAUAACUGUAUUUAUAAACCACUCUUAAACAGCUGGCUCCGAUGCUGUUUUUAGACUAUAUGAAGUCAUUUUGGAGUCCUUAGUUUAUAAAGGAUUUAAGAAAUGUUUCUCUGAAGGUUAGCCUCUGUCACUCUGGGUAGGUUACCACAUAACCAUGUUGAAUAUGGGGAGAGGCUGCAUUUCCAGAAGGUGUAACAAGUGAGCAAACCUCUUAAGGGACCCUGACAUGACAUGCUGAGGCUUCAAUAAGAUACAUAUUUUAUCCCAAGUCUGUAAUGGCGGUCUGAACAAGACACCUGUAAAUAAAUUAGUGUUUAUGACCAGAAGAAAAAUAAUCUGGUCUUGGACUUUUAUUUUUAUAUGGAAAAGUUGUAAUGACUUAGGCCAUCUAAGUCUACCCACAAAGAAGAAAGAAGUUUGCCUUAUCCCAUAUGGACAGCCAUGUGAAAUCACUGUUGGCUCAGAGAAAGUCUGGCAAUAAAAGAUACUAGCUAA